CCGGGGGACGCGCGCCGCGGAGGCCCUUCCGCAGGAGCCCAGCCGGAGGCGGCGGGGCCGGCGCACGCGGGGCAGGCGCGGGCGGGACGCGGCGCGGGGCCGGGCCGGGCACUCGGCAGCGAUGGUGACCGCGGGCCGCCGCUGACCUGCCUGCGUGGCUCGGGCUGCCGAGCGCGGCCCAGCCCGGCGGCGGCCGAGAACCCGCGGGCUCUUCCCACCGGGACUUCGGAAGGAAACGGAGGGAAAGGGGGCCGCGCCGGGAGCUCGCGCGUCCCUGGAGCGCGGUCCACUAUGAUCCUCCUCGCCCUGGGCGCUGGAAGGCGGCUGGACGUCCUGCAUCCCUCGGGGACGGUUUUCUUGCAAACCUUGCUGUGGAUUGUAUGUGCUGCCGUCUGCGGAGCGGAGCAGUAUUUCAAUGUGGAGGUGUGGCUGCAGAAGUACGGCUACCUGCCCCCGACGGAGCCGCGGCUGGCGGUGCUGCGCUCGGCCGAGGCCAUGCAGUCGGCCCUCGCGGCCAUGCAGCAGUUCUACGGCAUCAACAUGACGGGCAAGGUGGACAGGAACACCAUCGACUGGAUGAAGAGGCCCCGGUGUGGGGUGCCUGACCAGACCAGAGGCGGCUCCAGGUUCAGCGUCCGCCGGAAGCGAUACGCGCUCACGGGCCAGAAGUGGCAGCACAAGCACAUCACCUACAGUAUAAAGAACGUAACUCCGAAAGUGGGGGACCCUGAGACACGCAGAGCUAUCCGCCGUGCCUUCGACGUGUGGCAGAACGUGACUCCCCUGACAUUCGAAGAAGUGCCCUACAGUGAGUUAGAAAACGGCAAGCGAGACGUGGAUAUAACCAUCAUUUUUGCAUCUGGUUUCCAUGGAGACAGCUCUCCCUUCGAUGGAGAGGGAGGGUUUUUGGCACAUGCCUACUUCCCGGGACCAGGAAUCGGGGGAGACACUCAUUUUGACUCCGACGAGCCGUGGACACUGGGAAAUCCGAAUCACGACGGAAACGACCUGUUCCUCGUGGCCGUGCACGAGCUGGGCCACGCGCUGGGCCUGGAGCACUCCAACGACCCCACGGCCAUCAUGGCCCCGUUCUACCAGUACAUGGAGACCGACAGCUUCCAGCUCCCCAGCGAUGACCUGCAGGGCAUCCAGAAGAUCUACGGUCCGCCGGACAAGACCCCCCCACCGACCAGACCUCUGCCCACAGCACCCCCGCACCGCUCCGUGCCCCCAGCUGACCCCCGCAGGAACGACAGACCCAAGCCGCCGCGGCCGCCCACCGGCCGGCCUGCCUACCCCGGGGCCAAGCCCAGCAUCUGCGAAGGCAACUUCAACACGCUGGCCGUCCUCCGCCGGGAGAUGUUUGUGUUCAAGGACCAGUGGUUCUGGCGGGUGAGGAACAACAGGGUCAUGGACGGGUACCCCAUGCAGAUCACUUACUUCUGGCGCGGCCUGCCCCCGGGGAUCGACGCGGUGUACGAAAACAAUGAGGGCAACUUCGUCUUCUUCAAAGGUAACAAGUACUGGGUGUUCAAGGACACGACGCUGCAGCCGGGCUACCCGCACGACCUGGUCUCUCUCGGGAGCGGGAUCCCCCCUCACGGCAUUGACUCCGCCAUCUGGUGGGAGGACGUUGGGAAAACCUACUUCUUCAAGGGGAACAGGUAUUGGAGGUACAGUGAGGAAAUGAAAACCAUGGACCCCGGCUACCCCAAGCCCAUCACCGUCUGGAAGGGCAUCCCCGACUCUCCGCAGGGAGCCUUCGUGCACAAGGAGAACGAUAGUGAGGAGAGCACCUCAGCUGGUUGAAGUGACCUGUCACGAGAACAAAAGCGGUGAGACUAACCCGGAACAUCCAGCUCAGGAAGGUGCUCGAUCACGGUCUCCAGGGAAGAGGAAACGUUAACCCUCUUUCCCGACAUCACAAGCCUCCCGAUGUGGCCGGGUGUGGGGCACGGACAGGCCAGGCCGUCAGGAACGUGCCUCCUGAGCCGUCGCCGUCUGUUUCACCUGUAGCCAUCUUAAUGUAACAGUUUUCUUAUUUUCCUCUUCGCUCUCAGCCCCAAAAAUAACUGCAAAAAUCCAAGUGGCAUUUGACUCACGCAGAGGGCGUGGAAAGACUCGGCACUCGCCGUUCCACAGGGUUUAAGCAAUAGCCCGAGUUUUUUCUCCACUUUUUAUUUUUGUAAUUACAGUUGACUCAGUGGUAUAGCUUAUGAAGUGACCCCUGGGUAAGUCUGUACCCACCUGGCACCAUGCAUAGCUACUGCAGCAGCGUUGAUGAUUGGCUAGGCCACUUCCCAUCCUGUGAGACUUAGCUUAUAUAAACGUGUAGUAAAGACUCUGUAUUUAUCCCCUUUAAAUCAUUCCCUCGUUAACUGCUGUAAAGCCCCACUUCCUAGCUAUUUCAGGUUCUCUCCUUAGACAAUGCAGUUUUUGUUCUUUAUUCCUCGCCCGAGAACAUGUUUUUAUUGAUUUUAGAGAGAAUGGAAAGAAAAGAGAGAGAGAGAAACUUCAAUGUGAGAGCAGCACCGAUGGCUGCCUCUGUACAAGGCCUGGCCGGAGGUGGAACCCGCUGCCUGACUGUGUUCCCUGACAGGGAGUGGAGCCCCAACGCACUGCACCACACUGCCCAAGGCUCUCGAAAAUGCAAUGUCAAGGUUAAUACAAGAUGCUACUUUUAACAGUGCUGCAUUUCAUCUUGCCAAUUGCAGCCCACUUCUGACAUGUGAAUUUCCUAAAACAUGAUAAUUUAGGUUAAAAUUCUUCUGAAGUAGCUACUCUUAGUAAGUAAGCAGAUUACAUCAAAUCCACCCUAAAAAGGAAAAAUGAAUACAUAAACAUUUUCUCAAUCAACUGACAUUGCAUAAAUGGAAAAAGUCCUGAAUUAUUGACUGAGAUGAGUUUUGAGGUAUAACAAAUUUCUAUUAUGAAGACUUUGGCUGCUUCUCGAGUACAUUUUUCCCCCCUCUAAUUGCUACCGACUGGACUUCUUAUCUCUAACACAUGUAUUCAGUAAACUACAAUUCGACUUCUGUGUUUGGAGUGUGUGAUGUGAAAUUGGCCUGCAGAUCGGAUCAACAUGAAAAUGGAAACUUCUGAAUUUCCAUAGGAUACCCAGUAGCUCCUAGUAAUUAGGUUGAACUGAAACCAGAAGCUGUUGCUUCCAGUUUUUCAGAAGCCCAUGUGGAGGGUCUGUGGAAUUCUAGAUCAAGGCCCUUGUUCAACCACCAUCGUCCUGUGUCCAGCACUCAGCAGGCCCGCCCGUUGCUGCAUCCACGCUUGCUGAGUGGUCGCACUGGGGUCAUGAGUGUCAUUAAAGAGCAGCUCCCGCAGACAGAUUUGAAUCGACACAGCUUGCUUUCACUUGGCAAGUGGUCUUGGUUGAGGAACUCCCCGUCACCACGAAAAGCAACGGCACGCUCUCUGGCAUUGGCAUCGGCAUUGGCAGAGCGGCUUCCCCAGUGGAGGGCCCGGGAGCAGCGGCCUGCCGGGCCUGCAUUUUUGAGAGAUGUCAGAGUUGUUUGGUCCAUUUGUCUGUCAGGCUGCGGUCUGUCACAGCCUGUGCUGUGUGGCCGAGGAGUAUUUGUUCAGAGGCAGGUGCUCUGCAAAGGGCCCCAGUCUUAGAAAAAGCUUUCGUGUUCAGGACAUAUGAGGCUGAACUAUCUCUGAGCCUCAAUAUCUUUGCCUGAAAAGUACAGGUAAUUAGUUCUACUUGACCGAGUAGUUAUAAGGGGUAAAAGAUGCCAUUUUCCAAGUUUUAUUUAGCACAGGACUUCUUCUUCCAUAGUAAGUGCUCACUAACAGAGGAAAAAGAAAACCCAUUAAUGAGCGUUCAGUCUAAAGUAGGCAUACUAUUCAAAACACAUAGCUCCCCAAGUAUCGUUUUUAAGUAAUUAUGACAGUAAAGCGUUCCUUUGGUCUCUUGAAUUUUAUCUCAAAGCAAGAAUUAAUGCAG